UAAAACCCUAACCACUAUAAAACACUUAUAAACAACCGGGGGUGCCGUUUGCCUGAAACCCUAUCGCCUCUUUCUUUGCUUGCCAUUUUCUAUAGCUCGUCACCAUGGUUAAUGUACCCAAGACAAAGAAGACCUACUGCAAAAACAAGGAGUGCAGGAAGCACACUUUGCACAAGGUGACUCAAUAUAAGAAGGGAAAAGAUAGCUUGGCCGCCCAAGGGAAACGUCGUUAUGACAGGAAACAGUCUGGUUAUGGUGGUCAGACAAAGCCUGUGUUUCACAAGAAGGCAAAAACAACCAAGAAGAUUGUGUUAAGGUUGCAAUGCCAAGGUUGCAAGCAUGUUUCCCAGCACCCCAUUAAGAGGUGCAAGCAUUUUGAAAUUGGUGGAGACAAGAAGGGCAAGGGAACCUCUCUUUUCUAAGCAGUUAUUGUACUUGGCUUUCUGCUAUGCGAUAUUUUUGGCAGACCUUUAAUGUAAUCUCUCUUUCAGGUUUACAAUGCAAGUAUGUAAUGACUAUGGGAAUUUUGCUUGUUUUUCUUACUGAAUUUGAUACUUUUAAACGUAAAAUCAAAUCUGUGUUUGAGUCGCCUGCA